AUGGAAGAAAACAAAGAACAGGCCAAGAAAAAAAUUGUAAGUGCUCAAAUUGGUGGUUGUUCCCCAGAAUAUAUCGCUGGAAGAUGUGACGACACGGAGUUCUGUUUCUGUAAAGAUGGUAAAUGGAGGAGAACAAAUUUAUCAAUCGCUCAAACCAUUGAUUCUACACUAAUAUCGUUCAGUAAACUCUGUGUCUGUACAGGGUCAGCAUUCCUAAGUUGUCCCAACAAAUAUUAUUCAUCAAAGCUUUUAAAUAUGAGUGAUUCUCAAAGUACUCUAUCAGAUCAAACCUGUACGAAUUCAACAGCAAAUGCAGUACCAGCUGUUACUACGAAUACAGAAAAAUCUACAGACUCAACAACGACUACAGAAACUGCAGAUCAGAACUGCUGUUGUUCUGCGGAGUUUCAAGCCAAGGUAGACUACUGGAAAAAUGAAACCAACCAACUUCUCCAUCGCUUAAACUUGGACAGCAGCAUUCUGGAAAUUCGAAAUGAGUUGACGAUGGAAAAGAAAAACCUGUCGUCCAUCAAACGUUUACGGACAUGUGCGCCUGAUCAGCGGGACUCUGCGGUUGUGGCAGGAUAUAUAGGCGCCAUUAUUAUCAUAUUUGUUAUCUCUGUUGUUAUAAUAAUUGACUUACCUAUUUUGUUUUCGGAUAUACACAAAAUAAUUAUUCACUCCUGCUGGGACACUGCCAAUGUAGAAAAUUAA